UUUUCCCCUAGAUAAGCAACAUCUUGUUUUUUGUUUUACCACCCAUAUGUAUGUGCUUGUUCCGUCAAUACGCAACCUGCUUCAACAGUGGAAUAUAUUUAAUAUGGACUCUGCUAGUUGUGGUUGGAAUUGGAUCUGUUUACUUUCAUGCCACCCUCAGUUUCCUGGGCCAGAUGCUGGAUGAGCUGGCUAUUCUCUGGGUCCUGAUGUGUGCUCUUGCCAUGUGGUUCCCUAGGAGAUACCUGCCCAGAGUUUUUCGAAAUGACAGGAGCCGAUUUAAAGCUGCUGUGGGUGUCCUGUCUGGAGUUACUACCUGCCUUGCCUUCAUUAAACCUGCCAUCAACAAUAUCUCACUGAUGACUCUAGGUGUUCCCUGCACAGCUCUGCUCAUUGCUGAGUUGAAGAGGUGUGAAAAUCUGCGUGUGUACAAACUGGGUCUCUUUUCAGGUCUUUGGUGGAUGCUAGCACUUUUCUGCUGGAUCAGUGACAAAGCAUUUUGUGAGAUCUGGUCCUCAUUUAACUUCCCCUAUUUGCACUGUGUUUGGCACAUUUUGAUUUGCCUUGCGGCAUACCUGGGCUGUGUCUGCUUUGCUUACUUCGAUGCUGCCUCUGAGAUCCCUGAGCAGGGGCCUGUCAUAAAAUUCUGGCCCAGUGAAAGAUGGGCAUUCAUUGGGGUUCCCUACGUCACCCUCCUCUGCGCACACAAGAAGUCACCUGUGAAGGUCACAUGAAGUUGGCCGUGCAAUGGGGAUGGAGUUUCAACUUACAUUCCAGUACAGACAGUAUUUAUAUAAUGAUAAAUGAAUAGGGUUGUAUUUUAUCUUCUUCCUAAGAUAUGCAGCACUUCAGGUGUCAUAGAAAGAGGAGGCAAGGGUGUUCUUUCUCCUCUGUGGAGAGGAGAGACGAAGCAGGAAGGUGGAGGCUCUAGAACACUUAACCACUAGUUUUGUUGGUUGGCUCUGUUUUGCACUGUGUUUUCAAUGUAGCAUUUCUCUUGAUAAAAGCUCUUUCCAAAUACCAGGGUCAAGGAAUGAUGUUUCUGCAGCCAGUCACCUCUGGUGCUUGAUUCACUUCUUUUGUGACUUCUGGCUUAAGGCCUUCUUUGCAAGAGAAGCCCAUCCACGAUGCCUGCAUGCCAUCUUGUGCCCUCAGCUCUGAUUUUGGUGUGGUUGCACAUGGCCACAAGAGUGUGCUCAAAGCACGUGCUCCUCCCAGCCUGGAGCGUAACACGGGGAGCCUGGCUGUACAUCAGGUUGGAUCACAGAGUAUGUGGUUGCAUCCCCAAGUACAACAAGAGUACUGGUGCAAAGUAUUUCCAACUGAGUAAAGGGAUCGGUGCAGUUAGGCAGUGUAAAUGCAAGAAUAACUGUCAGAAGAUUCACUUCCUAAAACUAAAUAGGAGUUAAAGGGUUUUUUGAAUUUUUCUGUAUUUCAACUGACCUGUGGACGUUUAUAUGCUGCGUAUUUCCCUCUUACAGAAACUUCACAGAAAUCCCUUUCUACCUCUGCGGGCACGUUUUGUCUUGAAUUUGAAUCUCACAUAGAAGUGUGUAUAUUAACUUCAAUAAGAGCUCAGGCCAGCAUGGAUUGACAGUGUUAUUAAACUAUAAAAACUCAUACGUGCCUAGCUGUACAUCUAAUUUAAGAGUUAAUUUAUAACCAAUGCAUUGCAAAGUGACAUGAACAAUAGUCCAGUGCUCUGCUAGUUAUACCGGGGGAAAAAAGUAGAUAACCACUUAAAAACCAAGCUGAAGACUUAAUUUCAGUGAGCAGUGAAAUGUGACAUUGAGUCUUUGCAUUUUCUGUUUGUUUUCAGCCUGUUUUGUAAAGCUAAGAGAUGUCUAGAUCCACUUAGUUUUAAGGUUAUACUUUGAGUUUGAGGUUCAGGAACGGCUAUGGUUCUUGCAAGCAAUUUAUGCUACGUCUGUUUAAAAAAUGAUGCAAAGUGCAGGCAUUUUUUUCAAAUAUUAGCAAUUGUACCUGCUAAUAGCUGCAGUCUUGAAGAAAAUAAGGUCUGCUUACAUUACACUUAAUAUCACCACUGUAAGUGGGUUAAGGCUUUGGAUGGGUUAAGGCUUUUUUAUUAAUCACUUUUAUUAAUAAAGUGAUAUUUCCUUUUUGAAUAUUAGACCAGGAAAUACCAUUUCCUCUGUGCUUUGCUAAUAAGUCUCGUGUUGUACUUGUUUUUUAUCAAUAUGAAAAUGUACUUUGUACAGUAUCAUCUUUAGGAAAGUGGCUUUUAACAAGAACUUUGGGGUGACCUAACUUUCAAGUAUUGUAAAAUGUUUCAGAUAACUUUUGUAUUCAAAUUUAUGCUUAGAAAACAAGAGCUGAGGUGUAUGUUGUUACACUUAAAGUUGUUAGUGGGAGAUAGGACUGUCUUCUUGAGAACUUCAAAGCGGGUAAGUAGCUGCCGGAUUUACUGACAGAUCAUAAAAGCAGCUAAAUCUGUCUAGGGAACAAUGCAGAUUUAUACCACUUACAACUAGAUUUGUCUGAGAAAUGUGUUUUUUGGACAAGCGGUCAUAUAAUUUUUGUAUGAAACUUGUUUGUAAAAAUUCAUGCAGUAAUGUUUGUUACUCUUUGAAACACAGCUGCUUUCUCCUUUUCCUUCCUCUCUUCCUAAUUAUGAAACGCUCAGUUUCAAAAACUUCUCAGGUAUUAAAACUCUUAUGAUUAGAUCCUUUUACAGACAGGCUUGCUGGCUGGAACCCAGCUAAGUUUGCUGAUUCCUGACAUGGUCCUACUUUGAGUAAGACUUUUCUAUAUUGUUCAUUAAAUUAUUGUGUUACAGUAAAUAAGUUAUUUUCAGUAUUGCUGGGGAAAUUAGUAACUGCAGACAUAAUGUACUAUUCAAAAUGACUUGAGCCUUCCUAUUGAAUAUUUUGUUUGAAAGCAACUCUGACUUAAAGGGCUCUAAUCAACCUGCUGUCAACUGCUGUCUUCUGCUCUGCAGAGUCUGACUGCUAACAAAGAAGUAAUUUUAUAAUUUAAAAAAUGGAACUAGUGCAUUCAGUUAUUGCAGAGGUGAAUGAAUGCAGGUAAAGGCCAAGAAUCAUCUCCUGUAUUUUUAUUAAGUAACCUCUAGCCUUUGUACUCUUCAUAGGACAUUCUGUGAACAAAAAUCACUAUCUGAUAUUCAAAGCUGCCCUGUAGAACUGGUUGGGAGUAUUCCACUGUAACAGCAGCCCACCACUUUUAGAUGUAGCUACUGCACUUUACAUUAAAUUAAUACUAACUUAUAUGUUCUGACAAAAGCUACAUUUAUUUCAAAAAAGAAAAAAACAUGCAGUUUUUACCAGAUUCACAGCUUUACAGAUUGCACUUUGGACUAAGGCUCCAGUUCACGAUAACAUUAGUACCCAAAGAAGUAUGUGAUUGGCAUACAGAGGGGUUUGUGCACUGCCUUCCCUGAUCACACAGACGAAUGGACACGCUCACAAGUAGCGUAAUAUGUUGGAGUGUAAAUUAGGGUAUUUGCACCCUCAGGUUUUAAAGCCCCAAAAAUGCUUUCUUCCCUUGCUGGCAGGAAGUGAGUGGGUUCCUAGUCCUUAGUUUCAAUUGGUAUUGCAGUUUAAUUAGUGGGAUGCAAUACUUUGUCAAGCAUAAUUUAGAUCCUGCACAUUGGCAUAUGAUAAACAUCAUUCCUUGAAUGUUAAGCUUUAGGUUAUUUAAGAAAGGAUGUUUAGCUCUCAGUGAUGGCAAACACUUGCCCACUUCACAGUCACUAUAAACUCAGUAUGUAAGGAGUGGUGUUGGGGUUUUUUUUCCAUCUUCAUUGAAUUCUGUAUUCUGAAUGUUUAUGGAAAGCAUGUAAUACUCUGCAACAUUAAAUUAUAUUCGGAAUAAAUAUUGUUUGCCUUUUC